AUGCUUCCUCAUGUUAGUGACUCGGCUCCUCUGCGCUCCCAGAGUAAGAAAAGAACAGACUGCCCACUUUCUGAAUCCGCAACCUACGACAUCCUCAUAUAUGGGUCCACUCCAGCAGCCCUCGCUGCGGCCAUCCAAACGACGCGCAUGAACAAAAGUGUUGCGAUUGUAUCCCCAACCAAUCACAUUGGCGGCAUGACGGUAUCCGGCCUUGGCUGGACGGACUCCAAGAAUGGAAAUGCUAUCGGGGGCAUCGCAAGAGAGUUCUAUGGUCGGGUGUAUCAGUACUACAAGUCCAAUUCUGCGUGGACCAGAGAGACGAGAACGCAGUACAUCAACAAAAACAUAGCUGCACAGCCUGGGCCUGCAAUAGACGAAUCUCAUCAGGUACAAUGGACGUUCGAGCCCCAUGUUGCGGAGUCGAUAUUCGAGGACUGGAUGAAAGAGUUGAACAUACCUAUUUUCCGGAACGAGUCUCUUGUCCCCUCCGCCGAUAGUGUCACUUUCAAAGACAACAGGAUUACAUCCAUCAAGACGCAGUCAGGCCACGUAUACGAUGCAUUAAUGUUCAUGGAUACAAGCUAUGAGGGGGACUUCAUGGCUGCGGCUCAGAUUUCCUACAGUAUUGGCCGCGAAGCUCGAUCAGACUUUGACGAGUCGUUGGCAGGGGUUUUGAUCGCAGCGGAAGAGGGUUAUCUCGGAAUGUCACCAUAUCUUACACCCGACGAUCCCAACAGCGGACUGAUCAAGGGCAUCGACCACAUUGUAGCGGCUGGUGACGUCCCGAAGGUUAAUGGUACAGCUGAUAAUUAUCGGCUUCAAGCAUUCAACUAUCGGCUCAGUUUGACGCAGGUAACUGACAACCAAGUGCCCUUCUCUAAACCGGAUGACUAUGACGAAGAUCUUUAUGAGAUUUUACUUCGUUACAUCGAAGCCGGCUACCACGAUCUAUUCUUCACAAAGCAACUGAUGCCGAACCUGAAGACGGACUCCAACUCCAACGGCGGAGUAAGCACUGACUUCCUUGGUGGAAAUUACGACCCGGUCAAGAAAACAAACUAUAUUCAGGAGAGCUUCGAAGCCCGCGCAGCUAUCGCUCAAAGCUACAAGACAUAUACACAAGGGUUCUUCUGGACGCUCGCCAACCACCCGCGAGUACCUCAGCGAUUCAGGGAUUCCGCAAGCACUUGGGGAUACGCCAAAGAUGAAUGGACAUCAAACGGAAACUGGCCUUAUGAAAUCUACAUUCGCGAAGCAAGACGCAUGCAGGGAGAUUACAUCAUGAAGCAAAGCGACGUCCAAACCCCGCAGACUUUCGCCCAGGACAGCAUUAUUGGCCUCGGAUCCUACACACUUGACUCUCACGAAGUGGAGAGAGUUGUCGUUGACUCGGGGAUUCGUAAUGAAGGACUCGUGCAUACUCCGGUCCCGCAGCCUUUCCCCAUUCCUUUCGGCAGUAUUAUCCCUCGCUCAGCCGAUGCCGUCAACUUCCUUAACCCAGUCACAAUGAGCAGUACGCACGUGGCCUUUGCAGCAAUUAGGAUGGAACCCACGUAUAUGAUCAUGGGACAAAGCGCAGCGACGGCUGCCGUAUUGGCGAUUGAGCAGUGCGUAAACAUUCAAGAUGUAGACAGGACUGAACUGAGCAACAGGUUGGCGGAAGACAAGCAGGUAUUGUCUCUUUAG